AUGCCUCAUCGAGAAAAGGAAGACACGGCGGAUAUCGGAACUUUUCUAGAAGAUAAGCUAAAAUCCAUAGGACAUUCAAUUGCUUCGAAUCAGGAUGAAAUAAAAGCUUUAGAAAACAGUUUCAAUGAAAAACUAAACAAGAUGCAAUAUAUGCUAGAAAAUUUAUUGGAUAAUCAAAGAAUGUCCAAUAACACUACUGGAAACGUCUCUGCUAUUGCUGGCGAAUCAACUUUGGAAAACGAGGAAAUUAUUGAACAAAUAUUUCCAAGUAAGUCCGUUGAUAAUCUAAAUAAAUCACAAAGUCCAAUCAUGUGUAAUGACCCGGGAAAAUAG